UCUCGGCCUCCCAAAGUGCUGGGAUUACAGGCUUGAGCCACCGCGCCCGGCCAAUUGAGGAACAUAUUACACACCGAGGCCAUCCCUGGCCGGGACCGCAGCCCAGUUCAGUCCUUUUCGGUUCAGUUGACUCGUGGCAACCAUCAAACAUUGGGGGCCAGUGGUGACCACAGGGCCUUGUGGGGUGAAGGGUCCCUCUCUUCCUCCCCUGAGUGGCUGGCACGAGUGCAGGCACCGGCCUGGGGGCUCAGGCAGGUGCGGAGGCUGGUGCUGAGGGAGGUGCUCCCUCCUGGCCCUCAUCUCGGCUUUCUGCUCCUGUGCUCUCCCUUGUCAGGACCCACUCAGGAGGCUCUGAGCUCCUGGAUCUGCCCCAGAUUUCAGCAGCCCUGUCCUGCUCAGGCUCCGGCGGGGACCCUGCCCUUUCCCCUCUGCUGGAUUGUUUAGGAAGCAGAGGCUCAAAGUGGCAUGUGUGAGGAGAGAGAGAUGAGGGGCAUUGACACAGGCACGGAGAGGCCACUGGCACCAGAGGGCCUUGGCCUGCAAACUCCAAGGCAUGAGCUCCAGAACCAGAGACAGCUGGCCCUGUGUGGAGAGCACUGUGGGGGUAUGAUCAGGCCUGGGAUACUGGCCUGCAGGGCCCCUCAGAGAGGAGCAGAUGGGCUGAUCCCUAUGUGCUAUCCUCUCCACUUGAUGGGCCCUCCCUGUGGGCAAGGCCCCAGAAGCCAGAGGGCAUGGAGCUUGUCCUGCCAUCUAUGCAGGUGGCCUCUUGGGCAUAGGGAGAGGGGACCUAAAGUGGGCAGGUAUAGUCUCUGGCUGCCCCCUCUGGGGUCCUGGGCCCGAAAGAAAGGCCUCUGCUGCAGACCCCCACACACCUCAUCCUCCAACAAAGGCCACGGCCUCAGUCCACACGUUAGGGGUGGGAGGCCCACGCCCCAGCAGAACUGAAGUGGAACCAGAGUGGGCACCUGUGUGUGCAGGAGGAAAGCUGGCCUCCUUGGGGCUGCGUGGUGGAGGCAGCCCCUGUGCGGGGACCCCUGUGAUCCAGAUAACAGAAGGCCCUGUGAUAAGCUGUGGCUUGCACCAGAAGGAGGCCGGCGUCUUCUGCAGAAGGCUGGGGUGUGGCCCAGCACUCCAGGCAUCCAGGCCCCACCUCACAGGGCACCCAGGCUGGCUGGGCUCGAAAGUCAUUUCCUGCCAGGGAACAGAGUCCAGCAUCUUCAACUGCAGGUUCAACCUGAACUUCCUAGACCACUGUGACCUCCCAACAGACUCUGAGGUGGUGUGUGCAGGUACGGACGCCCUUUCCUGAGAAUCUCUGAGACGGGAGGUGUCCACUCAGAGCAGUGUGCGGGGACUGAGGGGAUGGCCCUGGCCUACAGGGUGUGGGGAUCUUGUCUCCUGGGGCUUCAGCACCUGCCCAGCAAGGACCCUAUGCUGCUGCCCUCCUGUACCCCUGUCCUGAGGAGGGAGAGGGGCUGGUGGCCCAGGGGUCACCUGGGGAGAUGGCUGACACCAAUGGCAGCUCCUCUCUCGGGGCUCUGGCCAGGGUGUGGCUGGGCACUGGGCUUAAAACUGACCAGGUGGUUACAGUGGCCUGCCAGGGUCCGGGUCCCAGCCUGGGAGUGGGCUCCAUGACACAGAUGUGGGGGCCCCAGGCCCCGGGAUAGACAUCCUUGUUUUGGGGUGGGGACUGUUGCUGUCCGAAUUCUGCCGGAGCCAGGAUGCCAGGGAGAUGGGAGGGUGGCAGAGGCCUCGGCCUGCACACCCCAGGACCUCUCCUGCCGCUUCAGAGCCCCAGGGGCCGGGCCAGCCCAGGUGGUCCUGGGUCCUCCCGCAUCGGUCCUUUCCGUGGGACCCGAGGGCAGCGGUCAGGCCGCUUCAUCCCAGAGGCCUACACCGAGCCGGUCCUGCCCUGUGCUCCAGCCCAGCGUCUGCCCCCAGGACACACCGAGGCCCGGCUGGUGGGCGGCGAGCACCCCUGCGCCGGGCGCCUGGAGGUGAGGCGGGGCCUGACCUGGGGCACCGUCUGCCACGCGGACCUGGACCUGGCCACGGCCCACGUGGUGUGCCGGGAGCUGCAGUGCGGGGUGGCGGUGUCCACGCCCGAGGGCGCCCGCUUCGGCCGGGGCUCGGGGCCGGUGUGGACGGAGGCCUUCCGCUGUGCGGGCAACGAGUCGCUGCUGUUCCACUGCCCGCGGGCGCGCGGGAGCCAGUGUGGGCCCGGCCGUGACGCGGGGCUCAGGUGCACGGGAGAAAAGUUCAGGCUGGUCAAUGGCAGCAGCAGCUGUGAGGGCCGCGUGGAGCUCCAGGUGCAGGGGUCCUGGGCGCCCCUCUGUGCCACCCACUGGGACAUAGCAGAUGCCACCGUCCUCUGCCACCAGCUCAACUGUGGCAACGCGGUGGCCGCACCUCGAGGAGGCCAUUUUGGGGACGGGGACGCUGCCAUCUGGCCUGACGCAUUUCACUGUGGGGGGACAGAACCCUACUUGUGGAAUUGCCCAGUAAGCACCCUGGGGGCCCCGGCCUGUGUCCCGGGAAACUCAGCCUCCGCGGUCUGCUCAGGUCUGCCCCACGCCGUGCGGCUGAGGGAAGGACAGAGCCGCUGUGAUGGCCGCGUGGAGGUCUCCCUGGAGGGCGUGUGGGGCCGCGUCCUGGACGAUGCCUGGGACCUGCGCGGCGCGGACGUGGUGUGCCGGCAGCUCGGGUGCGGAGCGGCCGAACAAGCCUAUGACGCACCUGCCCCCAGCCGCGGGUCCGUCCAGGUGUCGCUGAGCCGCGCGCGCUGUCUGGGCACCGAGACCCGCCUGACGCAGUGCAACGUGUCCGCGACCCUGCAGGAGCCCGCGGGAACCUCGCGGGACGCCGGCGUGGUGUGCUCUGGGAGCCUCCGGGUGCGGCUGGCCGCGGGGCCGGGGCGCUGUGCGGGGCGCGUGGAGGUGCUGCGCGGGGGCGCGUGGGGCACCGUGUGUGACGACGCCUGGGACCUGCAGGACGCGCACGUGGUCUGCAGGCAGCUGGGCUGUGGCCGCGCCCUGAGCGCCCUGGGGGCCGCACACUUCGGAGCCGGGGCAGGGCGCAUCUGGCUGGACGAGCUGGGCUGCCAGGGCCACGAGUCUGCGCUGUGGCAGUGCCCGUCGGCGGGCUGGGGCCGGCACGACUGCAGCCACAAGGAGGACGCCGGCGUCUUGUGCUCAGAGUUCACGGAUCUGAGGCUUCAGGACCACAGGCAGCCAUGCACAGGGCGGCUGGAAAUUUUCUACAAUGGGACCUGGGGUGGUGUCUGCCGGACCCUGAGUGCGGCCUCCCUUGAGGUCCUGUGUAGGCAGCUGGGCUGUGGGUCCCACGGGCAGCUGCAGGCCAGGACAGGAAGCUGGUCUGCUCCUGAGUUUCUCUGGGUGGGUUCCAUCCAGUGCAGGGACAGGCAUGACCGCUCCCUGUGGCAGUGCCCAUCAGCCCCCUGGGACCAGCAUUCAUGCUCCAGUGGAGAGGAAGCGUGGGUCCUGUGCACAGAAAAGGCAGGAGAAGUUCCUGAGGACCCUGGGGAGCCCCUCAACUGCUCCUCCUCGCUCGGCUGCCCAGAGGAGGGCGCGCUGCGCGUGCGCGGGGGCGAGGACGGCUGCUCCGGGCGCGUGGAGCUCUGGCACGCGGGCUCCUGGGGCACCGUGUGUGACGACGGCUGGGACCUGGCGGACGCGGAGGUCGUGUGCCGCCAGCUGGGCUGUGGUGGGGCCGUCGCCGCCCUGGGGGCCGCCGCCUUUGGCCCUGGCUCCGGACCCGUGUGGCUGGAUGAGGUGGGGUGCCGGGGCAGCGAGGCGUCCCUGCGGGGCUGCCCUGCGGAGCGGUGGGGACGCGGAGACUGCGCGCACAAGGAGGACGCGGGCGUGCGCUGCUUGGGUGAGUGGGGGGCGGUGGGAAACGGGUCAUGAGGCCGGCAGAGGCCGCUGGGAUGGGGUCGGUCUUGAGUGUUGCUUCCUCACUUCGGUGGGCAGGAGAGCACGCCCAGGCUUUAGCGGGCUGGUUUCCACCCUGGGAUUUUUCUGGGAUAAGCUGAUUUGCUGUGGAGGCCUGUUUGGGACAUGCACCCCCUGGGGUUUCCCCCAAUCUUUUUUGGGAAUUCCCUUUUGUUUAUUCCAAUCCUUGUUCAUUUCGGGUAUGUGUCACCUGGGUGUUGGCAGGUUCAGUUGUUCCCAAAGCCUGCACCUCAUUCUCUUUGCAGAAAACAAACAGUUAACCACAGCGAUGACCUUAGCACAAAUAGCAGCAGUGGGUAACUUUCCCUGAGCCGCCCCCAUUCUCUGUGCCCUGGUCACCUCUUGUGACUUGCCCUGGCAUCUGCUUGGGGGCCAUGUUUUACCAAGGAAGGGGGCUGUCCCUGGAAAGCAGACCCCCCAGUGGACACUAGUCGUUCUGGGGUGCUCUGCGCAGCUGAAAGCAGCAGAUGCCCCCCCCAGCACUUCCGACUCGCAGGUCCCCCAUGAGGGAGGGGUGUGGCUGGGCCCUUGGGGCCACCCUGUCCUGCUGAGGGUGUGCAGGUCCCCGCUGGCCACUCUGCUGGCUCAAGACCUCUCCUUCCUCAGAGCCUGGCCCAGGCUCCCCGCUGCCUGCAGCGCCGUUCCUGACACUCUGGGUGGUCAGUGUCAUCCUGGGAGCCCUUCUUGGUCUUCUCCUUCUGGGCCUCAUGGCCUUUCUGAUUCUGCCUCGAGUCACACAAGCCAUGCAGAGGGGUCUGGGAAGAUCUGAGGCAUCUCCUGAAGAAGCGAUCUAUGAUGUCAUUGGGGAAAUGCCGCUAGCAGGACUAUACGAGGAAAUCGUGGAGGCCGAGGCCGUGCCCCAGGAUGAGGAGGAUGCAGUUUCAGGGGAGGCGUCUAACCUCCUGGAGGGACAGUCUACACGUGCGGAGGGAGGAACCAACAGACCCGUUUCUCAGGGAUAUGACGAGGCUGCGUUUCCGCUGGAGGAGAUGACAUUGUAAAGCACCCUGAGGAGGAGAUCCACCAGCUGGCUGUCGAAAUCACAGCUCUUCAUUCUCUUGUACAAUUGUAGUGGAUUUCGUGAGAACGUCUUGGAUGCCUUUCUCUUGCAAUGUCCUCCACAUCCGUAUAAAAUCCAGUCUUUCCAGGCCCUGCCUGGCUCUAACCCCCAUCCCCUUCGAGGGCCAUCUGCUGUGGACGGGUGUGCUGGGUAACCUUCAGAUUUCUCACACAUUAUAGCAAAUGCAAAUAUGUAUAGAAAUCAGUGGUUACGUUUGUGGUUUAGAGACACGUGGUGCCAUCUUCAUCUUCUGCACCCAGCAGUGCGUUGCAGAGCUUCUCAUGCCAGAACGCUCCUCUUUUCUCUUAAAAUCUCUUCCUAAUUGAAUCCAAAGUAUCUUUUAGAUGUCUACUUGUGUAAUCAUGUCAUCUGUGAAUAUUCAGAUUUAUCGUCUCCUUCCAAUCCAUGUACCUUUAAUCUCUUUUUCUGUGCUUUAUUUUGUGGACUGGGACCCUUCAGUCCAGUGUUGAAUAGAGGUGGCCAAUGGGGAUCUUAUCUCAUUCAUGGACUCAGAGCAAACAUGUUCCACAUUUAAUUUCACUAUUAAAUAUAAUAUUUGAUGUUCGGUUUUGUAGAUGCUAUUUAUCAGAUCAAGGAAAGCCCAGUCUAUCCCUAAUUUGUUAAGGGUUUUGCUUUUUAUCAUAAAUAAGUGUUGACUUUUAUGAAAUUCUUUUUGGUAUCUAUUAAGAUGAUAGAUGAUUUGAUUUUCAUAUGUUACAUUAACCAUGGGUUAAACAAACUUACCUUUAUCAUGAUAUAUUAUUCUUUUUGUAUUUCACAGGAAUUAGUUUGGUAAUACAUUGGGUCAAUGUUUAAAAAAGAAAAUGAUGUGUGAUUUUUUUCUUUUGUUGUAGUAUUUCUGUUUAAUUUUUGCUACGAGGAUUAUUCAGGUACCAUAAGAGUUAGGAGUAUAUUCUCUUUUAAAAAAUAUUUGCUAAUUUAGGCUCCCACCAACAAUGUAAAAGUGUUCCUAUUUCUCCACAUCC